AUGGAAACUGUAAGACAAAUACAAAGUUUUGGCAUCUGUGUUACCUGUAUGUAUCCUGUAGCAUCUGGUGUGGUGUUUGCCACUCUUCUAGUUUCUUGCUGCUCAUCUCUGAACAUAAGAGCUCGUCCACUUGUUUCUAAUUCACCUUUCCUUUCUAUCUGGAAUGCUCCUACAGAACUUUGUACUGAAAGGACUGGAGUGCAGCUGGACAUGAAUUUUUUUCCUCUAAUUGGAAGCACAUUAAAGACAUCCAUUGGGCAAAACAUCACUCUCUUCUAUCCAGACAGGCUUGGCUACUACCCUUACAAAAAUGAAAUCACAGGAGAGGCAUUCCAUGGAGGACUCCCUCAACUCUCACUGCUGGAGAAACAUUUAAAAAAAGCCAAAGAGGACAUCCAGUUCUACAUUCCUUCAGAUGAACAACUUGGAUUGGCUGUCAUUGACUGGGAAAACUGGAGACCUGUGUGGAUAAGGAACUGGGGAUCAAAAGAUAUUUAUAGACAGGAAUCCAUUGAGCUAGUUCAGCAGAGAGAUCUCAGUCUAUCAGAAGCUGAAGCCAGAGCUAUAGCUAAAAUGGAAUUUGAAUUUGCAGCAAAAUCAUUUAUGUUGGAAACUUUGAAGCUGGGCAUAGAAACUAAACCAAAUCGUCUGUGGGGAUAUUACCUUUAUCCAGACUGUUAUAACUAUGAUUACAAACAAAACCCACACAAUUAUACAGGAACCUGUUUAGAUAUUGAAAUAGAAAGAAAUAAUGAACUUAACUGGUUGUGGGAGAAAAGCACAGCACUUUAUCCAUCUAUCUAUCUAGAGACAGCCUUAAAAUCUUCCAGAAAUGCUCAACUCUUUGUUCGCAACAGAGUUCAAGAAGCCAUUAGAACAUCCCAUGUCUCCAACUCUAGUCAUCCCCUCCCAGUUUUUGUAUAUACACGUCCAGUAUUCACAGAUGUCUAUGAGGAAUAUCUCUCUGAGGAUGACCUGGUAAAUACCAUCGGAGAAUCUGCUGCACUGGGUGCUUCUGGAAUUGUGAUCUGGGGUGAUAUGAAUUUAACACAAAAUAAGAACACCUGUAGAACUCUGGACAACUACCUUAGGAAGACUCUGACCCCAUACCUCAUCAAUGUCACGAUGGCAACCAGAUUAUGUAGCCAAGUGCUAUGCCAAGACUCUGGUGCUUGUGCACGGAAGAAAUGGAAUUCCAGUGACUAUCUUCACUUGAAUCCUGAGAAUAUUGCAAUUCAAAUGGCAAAAGAUGGAAAAUACACUUUACAAGGGCAACCAUCAUAUCAGGAUCUGCAAACGUUCAUAGAAAAAUUUGAUUGCCAUUGUUAUGCAGGGCACAACUGUGAACCUAGAGCUGAUAUAAGUGACAUCCAUUACCUCCAUGCUUGCAUUUCAGAAGAUAUUUGCAUUCAGAUGUCCUCAAAUUCAUUUUCUAACAUAGAAGACUCUGAAGAAAAGAUCCUGUCUAACAGAACUGCAUUUUCAUUUACCUCUGAGAGUAAGGUGACAUUAUCUACACAUCCUGAAACAGAAGAUAUCCAAUCUACCUUUGGAAAUAAUAUACUGAAUAUAACAACUGCAGAAUAUAACUCUGUUACAACUGCCAGUAGCCAUGUUUUAGGAGAAAAUGAUACUCGUACUUUCAAUAGUUCUUCAUCCUAUAAGAUAAGGAUGUUUAAUCUGUUUCACUUAAUUCUUCUUUUGAGAACCUUAAUACAAAUGACCCAUGAAAGUGAGAAUAUCCUUUUCCCUGACUAUAUUUGA